AUGAGGCGCCUGCUGCUGAGCCCGCACCGCCCGCUGCAGCGUCAGAUGAAGCAGAAGCACCAGCAGCAGCAGCAGCAGCAGCAGCAGAGCCGCCAGCUGCAGCAGCAGCAGCAGAGCCGCCAGCUGCAGCAGCAGCAGCAGAGCCUCCCGCUACAGAAACAGAAGCCGCAGCAGCAGCAGCAGCAGCAGCAGAAUCUCCAGCUGCAACAGCAGCUGCAGCAGCAGCAGCAGAGCCUCCCGCUACAGGGAGAGAAGCAGCAGCAGCAGCAGCAGCAGCACAAUCUCCAGCUGCAACGGCAGCUGCAGCAGCAGCAGAGCCUCCCGCUACAGAAACAGAAGCAGCAGCAGCAGCAGCGCCAGAACCACCCCCAGCCGAAGCUGCAGCAGCGGCGACGGCCCUCCCAACACCCACAGCUGGCGCGACAGCAGCAGAGGCAGCAGCAGCACCGCCAGCAGCAGCAGCAGCAGCAGCAGCAGCAGCAGCAGCAGCAGCAGCAACUAUAUCUCUCCCCAAACGACAAAAGCCCCGUCUUGAGGCUGGGGAAGGCGGGGGGCCCCCUGGGGGAAUGGGGGGGGGCCCCCCGAGCAGCAGCAAAGACCGAAAAGGGUACAGAAAAGGAGAGAAAAUUGGAAAAAGAAGCAAGAAAAAAGGGGACAAAAGGGGGAGCAGCAGCAGCAAGAAAAGGGGAUGAUGGAGGGGAAAAAGAAAGUGGAGAAGCUGGAGAAGAAAUGGAAAAAGAAGAAGAAAAAGAAAAUGAAAAUGAAAAAGACGCAGCCAUUCAAAACCCUCAAGAAGUGCUGCUGGAGAGGCUGCCCUUCAACAUGCCCGUCAGGGACCUUCUAGACAAAUACGGACAUGAUGGGGUUUAUUUUGGCUUCUUAUAUCUCCCCCACAUUGCUUUCGUGGGGCAUGAAGAAGAGGAAGCAGCAGAUCCCAGCAGCAGCAGCAGCAGCAGCAGCAGCAGCAGCAGCAGCAGCAGCAGCAGUGGUGAGGAGUUUGUGCACCCGCUGUCGAAAGGUUUGUCAGUUUUGAGUGGAGCCGUUUAUAACUUUGCAAUUCAAAAGUUGCAUUUAAAUCCUUCCAGCUGCCUCGACGAAAUAUCUGCAGAGGACAUUUCCAUGCUGCUCGCUGCUGCGCCUUCUUUAUCAUAG